UGAAUGAGAAAUUAUAUAAAAGAGGGUAGGAAAAGAAAUCCAACAGUACCGGAGAUCUACCUAUCUCAUCUCCCACCAUGGAGUGGAGAACAUCUACAGUCUGCGUACUGCUUCUGACGCUUAUCGGUGUUCAGGUUGAUUCAAAGACGGUCUAUCCCAGCAACCACGUCAGCAACAUCUGUAGCAUGUGGGGAAACUUCCACUUCAAGACGUUCGAUGGAGACGUGUAUCAGUUCCCAGGCACAUGCGAGUAUAACCUGGUUUCAGACUGCCAAAGCCUCAUUCGCCAGUUCUCCGUUCACGUGAAGAGAACGGAACACAGCACUGGCCCAAAGAUCAGCAGAGUCGCUGUUACCAUCAAUGACGUUGGCAUUGAGUUGACCGAGCAACAGGUCGCAGUCAAUGGAGAAAAAGUAACGCUGCCCGUGCACGUCGCAGGAAUCCUUGUAGAAGAGAACACAAUUUACACCAGACUCUAUUCCAAAAUGGGCAUCAGUGUCAUGUGGAACAAAGAGGAUGCCGUUAUGGUUGAACUAGACCCCAAAUAUUCCAACCGGACUUGUGGACUUUGUGGCGAUUUCAAUGGAGUUCCAGUUUAUAGUGAGUUCAUUGAAUCUGGACGGAGGGUUGGCUACGCUGAGUUUGGCAAUAAGCACAGAGUUCCCAACCCAACACACAGCUGUGAAGAUCCUUUUGAAAACGACAAUGAACAAAAUGUGGUGGACAAGUGUGAAAAAUUUCGGGCAGAUUGUGCAGACCUUUUGCAGGAUGAAAAGUGGUCUUCUUGUAGCUGGGUUUUGAACACAGAGCCAUAUAUCGAGGCCUGUAUGAAUGAUAUUUGCUCAAGCCAACCUGAAGAUGAUGACACCAACAUCUCUGCGCUCUGUGCCACUUUAUCUGAAUAUUCACGUCAGUGCUCCCACGCUGGGGGAAAUCCACCGACCUGGAGAACAGCAAACUUCUGUGCCAUCAAGUGCCCCUACAAUAUGGUGCAUUCUGAAAGCGGCUCCCCCUGCAUGGACACAUGCUCACACAAAGACACAAACGCACUGUGUGAGGAACACAACAUCGAUGGCUGCUUCUGCCCACCAGGAACUGUGUUUGAUGACAUCUCCAACACGGGCUGCAUCCCAGCUGAAAAGUGUCAGUGUAAGCAUGACCGCGUCUACAACACAGGAGAGAUCCUACGCAAAGAUGAGGAAGAAUGUAUAUGUAAGGAGGGAACCUGGAUCUGUACGAGUAUUCCUGGCCCUGGCCUGUGCUCAGUAGAGGAAGGAUCUCACUUCACCACCUUUGAUGGGAAAGAAUUCACUUUCCAUGGAGACUGCAACUAUGUGCUCUCAAAAGACUGCAAGGAGUCCAAGUUCAUCAUACUGGGUCUGAUUGUUCCUUGUUUUACUCAUCAAACUGACACCUGUUUAAAAUCUGUUGUGGUGCUGUUUGACAACGACAUGAAAAAUCCUCUGAUUAUUAAAGCUGACGGGACAGUGAAACACAAUGCUGAAAUUUCACUUCCAUACAUGACAACUGACUUCACGGUGUUCAUGCCCUCAUCGUUUCACAUCCUGCUUCAGACCACCUUUGGUCUGCAGGUGCAGGUACAGCUGGUGCCUCUUAUGCAGGUCUACAUCACUUUGGACCAGAGCUUCCAGGACAAGACUUGUGGCAUCUGUGGAAAUUUUAACAAAGUGUUGUCAGAUGAUCUGAAGACCCCUCAGGGAGUGGUUGAAGGUACACCGGUUUCCUUCGCAAAUGCCUGGAAGGCCCAGUCCAACUGCCCCGACCGUACUGAGAGACUGGACGACCCCUGUUCCUACAGCAGUGACAGCGAGCACUUUGCCGAGCACUGGUGUUCCAAGAUGAAGGACAAGGAGAGCCUCUUUGCCAAAUGUCACACCACUGUCAAUCCAGACAGCUUCUACAAAAGAUGCAAAUACUCCAGCUGUACCUGUGAGAAGAGCGAGGACUGUCUGUGUACAGUCUUCUCAUCAUACGCUCAGGCCUGUGCCUCUAAAGGAAUAAUCCUCCAAGGCUGGAGAGACAUUGUGUGCAAGAAGUAUACAGAGAAUUGCCCGGCCUCGCAGAACUACUCCUAUGAGCUGCAGAGCUGUCAGCGUACCUGUCUGUCUCUCGCCUCGGAGCGGCAAAGCUGCAGCCUCAACUUUGUGCCCGUUGAUGGAUGCGCAUGUCCAGAGGGACUCUACCAGGAUGAGAAUGGACUGUGUGUGCCUAUGGAAAAAUGCCCAUGUUACCACAAUGGACAGAAAAUUCAUCCCGGCAAGUCUGUCACCAUUAGGGAUGAACACUGUGUUUGCAUGAAUGGAAAACUUCUUUGUCGUUCCUGGAGAACUCAGAUUUUGGGAUGUUCCUCUCCCAAAGUUUUCUUCAACUGCAGUACAGCAGCACCAGACGAACAUGGAUUGGAGUGUGCAAAGACUUGUUUGCAACAGGAGGUUGACUGUUUCUCAGUGGACUGUCAGUCUGGCUGCCAGUGUCCUUUUGGUCUAUUGGAUGAUGGCAGAGGACACUGUGUUAAACCGGACAACUGUCCGUGUAAACAUGAUGGACAGUAUUAUGCACCAGGAGCUGAGAUUUCCAUAGACUGCAAUAAAUGCACUUGCCAAAAGGGAAAAUGGAAAUGCACACAUAAUAAGUGUCCGGGCAUAUGCACCAUUUAUGGAAGUGGACAUUAUAGAACUUUUGAUCAACAAAGAUUCGGCUUCAGGGGAGACUGCAGUUAUAUUGCUGUUCAGAACAAGUGUGGAAAUAAAACUGGCAAAUUUCACGUGAUCACUGAGAAUAUGCCUUGUGGAACAACGGGAACCACGUGUUCAAAGGCUGUCAAGAUAUUUUUGGGGAGGACCCUGCUGCAGCUUUCUGAUGGAAAUGUGAUAGCCAAUGAUACUGGAAUUGGUCCACAGAUCAAGUACACUGAAAGAAAUGUUGGGAUGUACCUUGUCAUCGAUGCUAACAUUGGCCUGACGAUUUUGUGGGACCGCAAAACCACCGUCCGCAUCAUUUUGCAACCUCAACACAUGGGAGACGUUUGUGGUCUGUGUGGAAAUUUCAAUGGAAAUGGAAAAGAUGACUUUACCACUCAGGGAAAUUUGCCAACCUCGAAUGUUCUGGAGUUUGUGGACAGCUGGAAAGUAUUAAGCAAUUGCCCGGAUGCAAAACCAGACUUCAACCCAUGCCUUGAGACCCCCAAUCGCGAGACAUGGGCAAAAAUACAAUGUAGCAUCAUCAAGGACACAGAUGGUCCAUUCAAAUACUGCCAUGACAAGGUGGAUCCAAACCCAUAUUAUGAGAACUGUGUAAAGGACUCAUGUGCAUGUGACACAGGUGGAGAUUGUGAGUGCUUCUGUACAGCUGUUGCAGCUUAUGCUCAAGCCUGCAAUGAGGCAAAUGUUUGUGUGAACUGGAGAACCCCUGAAAUCUGCCCUGUGUACUGUGACUAUUACAAUAAUGGAACGGAUGAUUGCACAUGGCAUUACAAUCCUUGCCUUACACCUUGCUACAAAACCUGUCUUAACCCUGAUGGUAUCUGCAGUGAUAACAGUUUACCCCACCUGGAAGGAUGUUAUCCAAAAUGUCCAGAGGAUAAGCCUAUUUUUGAUGAAGAAAACCAGAUCUGUGUGGAGGAAUGUGCACUGACAACAACACCAGAACCUCCAAUAUCAACUACCCCUACACCAACAACUUCUACAACACCUACUACAACACCAGAAUCUACGACAUCAUCUACCCCUACACCAACAACUACAAAAACACCUACUACAACAACAACAGAAAGUACCACAUCAUCUACCCCUACACCAACAACUUCUACAACACCUACUACAACACCAGAAUCUACGACAUCAUCUACCCCUACACCAACAACUACAACAACACCUACUACAACAACAACAGAAAGUACCACAUCAUCUACCCCUACACCAACAACUACAACAACCCCUACUACAACAACACCAGAAAGUACCACAUCAUCUACCCCUACACCGACAACUUCUACAACACCUACUACAACACCAGAAUCUACGACAUCAUCUACCCCUACACCAACAACUACAACAACACCUACUACAACAACAACAGAAAGUACCACAUCAUCUACCCCUACACCAACAACUACAACAACCCCUACUACAACAACACCAGAACCUAUCACAUCAUCAACAUCAACUGUGACUCCAACACCAUGCAUAAUAUGUUGGUGGUCUGACUGGUUUAAUGUGCAUAAUCCUGCAGUAGGAGGAGAUGACUUGGAGACUUAUGAAAACAUUGCAGGAAGUGGAAAUGAGAUCUGUGAAGAGCCAGUAGAUAUUGAAUGUAGGGCUGUGGGCCAACCUGGCAUGAGCUUUGAAGAUUAUAUUAAUCAUUCAAAACAAGUUGCCCAUUGCAAUGUUUCAUAUGGACUGUUGUGUAAGAAAGAGCAACAGAAUUACCGCCCUUACAAAUGUGUUGACUAUGAAAUACGUGUUUACUGUUGUUUCCCUUGUUCAAGUACCACAUCAUCUACCCCUACACCGACAACUACCACAAAGCCUACUACGACAACAACAGAAACCACCACAUCAUCUACUCCUACAUCGACAACUACCACAAAGCCUACUACGACAACACCAGAAUCUACCACAUCAUCUGGCCUUACACCAACAACUACAACAACGCCUACUACAACAACAACAACAACAGAAACUACCACAUCCUCUACCCCUACACCAACAACACCAGAAUCUACCUCAUCACCUACACCUACUACAUCAUCUACCCCUACACCAACAACUACCACAACGCCUACCACAACAACAAUUGAAACUACCCCAUCCUCUACUCCUACACCAACAGCUUCUACAACAUCAACUACAACAACAGAAUCUACCACAUCAUCUACCCCUACACCAACAACUACCACAAAGCCUACUACGACAACACCAGAAUCUACCACAUCAUCUACCCCUACACCAACAACUACUACAACACCAGAAUCUACCACAUCAUCUACCCCUACACCAACACCUACUACAACAACAACAAUGCCUACUACUACAACACCAGAAUCUACCACAUCAUCUACCCCUACACCAACAACUACUACAACACCAGAAUCUACCACAUCCUCUACCCCUACACCAACAACUACCACAAAGCCUACUACGACAACACCAGAAUCUACCACAUCAUCUACCCCUACACCAACAACUACAACAACACCUACUACAACACCAGAAUCUACCACAUCAUCUACCCCUACACCAACACCUACUACAACAACAACAGAAACUACCACAUCCUCUACCCCUACACCAACAACUACAACAACCCCUACUACAACAACACCAGAACCUAUCACAUCAUCAACAUCAACUGUGACUCCAACACCAUGCAUAAUAUGUUGGUGGUCUGACUGGUUUAAUGUGCAUAAUCCUGCAGUAGGAGGAGAUGACUUGGAGACUUAUGAAAAUAUUGCAGGAAGUGGAAAUGAAAUCUGUGAAGAGCCAGUAGAUAUUGAAUGUAGGGCUGUGGGCCAACCUGGCAUGAGCUUUGAAGAUUAUAUUAAUCAUUCAAAACAAGUUGCCCAUUGCAAUGUUUCAUAUGGAUUGUUGUGUAAGAAAGAGCAACAGAAUUACCGCCCUUACAAAUGUGUUGACUAUGAAAUACGUGUUUACUGUUGUUUCCCUUGUUCAAGUACCACGUCAUCUACCACUACACCUACAACAACACCAAUAUCAGAAUCUAUCUCAUCAUCUACCCGUACACCAACAACUACAACAAAGUCUACUACAACAACACCAGAAUCUACCACAUCACCUACACCUACUACAUCAUCUACCCCUACAUCGACAACUACCACAACACCUACUACAACAGCAACAGAAACUACCACAUCCUCUACCCCUACACCAACAACUACAACAAUGUCUACUACAACAACAGAACCUCCAAUAUCAUCUACCCCUACACCAACAACUACCACAAAGCCUACUACGACAACAUCAGAACCUCCAAUAUCAACUACCCCUACAACUACAGCUUCUACAACAUCUACUACAACACCAGAAUCUACCACGUCAUCUACCCCUACACCUACAACUACAACAAUGCCUACAACAACAACACCAGAACCUCCAAUAUCAACUACCCCUACACCAACAGCUUCUACAACAUCAACUACAACACCAGAAUCUACCACAUCAUCUACCCCUACACCAACAACAACAACAACACCAGAAUCUACCACAUCAUCUACCCCUUUACCAACAACAACAACAACACCAGAACCUCCAAUAUCAACUACCCCUACACCAACAACUUCUACAACAUCUACUACAACACCAGAAUCUACCACAUCAUCUACCCCUACACCAACAACUACAACAACACCUACUACAACAACAACAACAGAAACUACCACAUCCUCUACCCCUACACCAACAACUACAACAAUGCCUACAACAACAACACCAGAACCUCCAAUAUCAACUACCCCUACACCGACAACUUCUACAACAUCUACAACAACACCAGAAUCUACCACAUCAUCUACCCCUACACCAACAACUACCACAAAGCCUACUACAACAACAACACCAGAACCUCCAAUAUCAACUACCCCUACACCGACAACUUCUACAACAUCUACUACAACACCAGAAUCUACCACAUCAUCUACCCCUACACCAACAACUACCACAAAGCCUACUACAACAACAACACCAGAACCUCCAAUAUCAACUACCCCUACACCAACAACUUCUACAACACCUACUACAACACCAGAAUCUACCACAUCAUCUACCACUACACCAACAACUACCACAAAGCCUACUACAACAACAACACCAGAACCUCCAAUAUCAACUACCCCUACACCAACAACUUCUACAACAUCAUUUACAACAACAGAAUCUACCACAUCAUCUACCCCUACACCAACAACUACCACAAAGCCUACUACAACAACAACACCAGAACCUCCAAUAUCAACUACCCCUACACCAACAACUUCUACAACACCUACUACAACAACACCAGAAUCUACCACAUCCUCUACCCCUACACCACCAACUACAACAACACCUACUACAACAACACCAGAAUCUACCACAUCCUCUACCCCUACACCAACAACUACAACAAUGCCUACAACAACAACACCAGAACCUCCAAUAUCAACUACCCCUACACCAACAUCUUCUACAACAUCUACUACAACACCAGAAUCUACCACAUCACCUACCCCUACACCAACAACGACAACAACACCUACUACAACAACAACAGAAACUACCACAUCCUCUACCCCUACAACAACAACUACAACAAUGCCUACAACAACAACACCAGAAUCUACCACGUCAUCUACCCCUACACCAACAACGACAACAACACCUACUACAACAACAACAGAAACUACCACAUCCUCUACCCCUACAACAACAACUACAACAAUGCCUACAACAACAACACCAGAAUCUACCACGUCAUCUACCCCUACACCAACAACUACCACAAAGCCUACUACCACAACACCAGAACCUAAAAUACCGUCUACCUCGACACCAACAACUUCUACAACAUCUACUACUACAACACCAGUACCUACCACAACAACGACUCCUAUACCGACAACUACUCCAUUCAGUGUUGCUACUGGAAGCACAAAAACUAUAACAUCUGGACCACAAGUUAUAGAAACAACUACAUCUGGUGUUCCUACUCCUACACCAACUCCCCGCUACGACUGUCCAGAAUGGGACAAAAAUGUCAAUGAGACCUUUUACUUGUGUGACUGUCUUAUGGCGAGGUGCAUAGAAGACAACAAAAUCGAAAUUAUCCCAUUUGAAUGCCCUCCAAUACAGAACAUCACCUGUGAAAAUGGCAAAAAACCAGUCCUCGUCUAUGAUGAGUAUGGCUGCUGCCAAUAUUACGCAUGUGACUGCUUUUGUGAAGGCUGGGGUGACCCGCAUUACAUCACAUUUGAUGGACACUUUUACAGCUAUCAAGGAAAUUGCACUUAUGUAUUAAUGGAGGAAAUUAAGCCUCAUUUUUAUUUGAAGAUUUACAUCGACAGUGUCUACUGUGACCCUAUUGAGCAUGUAUCCUGUCCAAGAUCUAUAAUUGUGUCUUACAACCACCUAGUCAUAACACUCACAAAUCAUAAUCUCAUAGGAGGAGCAGAGCUAGAGGCUUUUGCGAACAACAUAAAGAUUCAACAACUACCAUAUACACGUAAUGGUGUGAGAAUUGUAAGCUCAGGCCUAGACUUGAUCCUGAGUAUUCCAAUUUUGGGUGUUAAUAUAACAUUUGGAGCCACUGGCUUUGGUGUCAAUCUGCCAUUCCAGCUAUUUGGAAACAACACACAAGGUCACUGUGGAACAUGCAACAACAACAAGGCUGAUGACUGCAUGAUCCCUGGAGGUAUCUUGGUUGAUGACUGUGCAGUGAUGGCAGAUUACUGGCCAGCCAGUGGCGUGAACGGUGAAAUUUGCACUCCACCAACAGCAUUACCUACCGCUGGGGGUAACAAACCUACAUCUAAGCCAUGCCAAGUUCAACCCGAAUGCAACCUCCUUGAUAGCGAGGUGUUCAAAGCAUGCCAUUCCCAUCUGUCCCCCCAAAACUUCAUUUUUGCUUGUGAAUAUGACAGUUGUCAUAUGAGCAACCCUGGCGUGGUGUGUACCAGUCUGCAGACUUAUGCUAGGGCUUGCUCUCAACUAGGAGUCUGCAUACACUGGAGGAACUACACUAACCUUUGCAAUAUUGAAUGUCCAGAAGAUAAAGUCUUCAAUCCUUGUGGUCCAGCCGAGCCACCAACUUGUGCUGAUAUAUCUGGACAGAACACCAUUAAAGUGCCCACAGAGGGCUGCUUCUGUCCUGAGGGUUCAUUGCUCUUCAACAAGGAUUCAGGAGUCUGUGUCAAUAAAUGCGGAUGCCUGGAUGCCUCUGGAACACCACGUGAGUUCGAUGAAAUUUUCGAAUACAACUGCGAGGAGUGUAUAUGUGAUAAGACCAGCAAAUCUGUGAUCUGUAAGCCCAAGAAGUGUCCUGAUGUGAUCCCUGUGAGCUGCACUGAGCCUGGCUUUGUGCUGGUCAACGUCACCGAUCCGUCAGAUCCAUGCUGCAACAAACAAGCUUGCCAUUGUAAUGCCAACAUGUGCCCACCUGUAAAAACAAAGUGUGCAGUUGGAUAUGAACCAAUCCCGGAAGUGCCUGAAGGAAAAUGCUGUCAAGAAAUCAAAUGCGAGCCAAAGAAAGUGUGCGUCCACAAAAAUGUUGAAUAUGAGCCUGGUACAAAAGUCCCCAUUGUUGACUGUCAGGAAUGCAGCUGUACGUGGGAUGUGGAUCCUAAAACACAGUUUUUCAAGAUCAAAUGUGAAUUUGUCCAGUGCAAUGAGAAAUGUGAUCCUGGUUAUGAAUAUAUUGAAACAAAUGCUAAUGACUGCUGUGGAAAGUGUGUGCAAACUCACUGCAUCAUCAAUAUCGAUGGCGUUGAUCAUAUACUGAAGGAAGGAGAGUCUUUGCCCACUACAAAUCUGGGCUGUGAUAGAACCACAUGUAGUAAAGUUAAUGGACAGUUCAUCACCAACAAAUACACAGUCCGGUGUCCUCCUUUCAACGUUUCCAACUGCCAGCCUGGCACCGUCCAGCUGUCAUCUGAUGGCUGCUGCCCUGUUUGUGUGGACCAAAUGAAAGGAUGUCAAGUACAGACUGUUCGUGAUUACAUAAAUCACAACGACUGUCAGUCAGAGAAGAAAAUGGACCUGACAUUUUGUGGUGGAGACUGUAACAGUUUUAGCAGGUACACUGAACCUGGAUUGUCUACAUGUACCUGUUGCCAGGCCGUUCGUGCAAGUAAUCGCACAGUGAAACUUGGCUGUGUAAACGAACAAGAAGUGACCUACACGUACAUCCAUGUCGAGGAGUGCGCCUGUAGCAGAACUAACUGUCAAAGAGCGGGACUAGGCCACGCACUCAUUGAAAACAGCAAAAGAAAACGCAGCUUAAGUCUUCCGUGAGCAGCGGCGGUAUGUCAUCCACCCCGAAGACACUGGAAAACAAAUUCUUUGUGAAACUUUGUUUGGAAAUUAAUUUAAAUUGCACAUGCUUUGUUUAACAUUUCUUGAACUUUAUCUAUAGAGCUUAUUUUUUCUUUGUUGGAUAAAUAUGUACUGUUUUGCUGGCUUAAAAUUAAAAGCAAUUAAAAUGGCAUUUUAAAAACUAAA